AUGAUGAGGAAAUCCAUGAAGCUUUCAUCUUUUUUCAGAACCAGGCGAGCUCCAAAACUCCUUCAUCCAUGUCAGUUCUUGCCCUAUUGCAGACAGCCAAACACCCUCUCUUUUCGAAAACCUAAUCAUUUAUUAGGUGAUGAUGGCCAAAUUCAAACAACCUCAUUAUCAGUUGAGUCAUCGGACCUUCUUGACUAUUGCAACAACAACGGCGAGUACUCGUUAGAGAAGUUAGUUCGCGGCGUCGUCCGGUCAUCGGCGAGGCUAUUUUUCGAGCCUAACGGCGGCAACAAGAGCCCACUGUUAGUGGUGGCUGAGCCCGCGACAGAUGAAGGAGUUGCUUUCUGUGAAAGUAGUGUGUUUAUGGCGUUGGAAUCAAACGAUCCUUACGAGGACUUUAAGAACUCAAUGGAAGAAAUGGUGGAGUUUCAUGAAGUGAAGGACUGGGAGAAAUUGGAGGAGUUAUUAACUUGUUACUUGGUUGUUAAUCACAAGAAAAAUCAUGAGUUUAUAUUUAGGGCUUUUUUUGAUCUAUUUUCUAUCGAAAAUUAA